UGCAGCCUGCAAACUACGUCACAGUUCGCGUCAGGUCACUUAUCAAACUCGCCCUAAUACUGUAUCCAGUUUAUGCCUGUGACUAUACUUCAUGCCCAAAACUUCACAUAACUCUGUCCUGGCGCCAAUUCCACCAUGACCUGUCCCGUGAGUAACACAGUGCCACUGAAUGCAGCUGUAUCUCCUCUUGAAUGGCUGCUGGGGACAUGGGAGUCAGACGAACCUGGAGAGGGCACAUACCCAACCAUGAAGCCUUUCCGUUACACAGAGACACUACACUUCACCCAUGUUGGGCAGCCAGUCAUAAACUUUAUGUUUAAUGCCUUUCAAAUAGAAACGAAGAAGCCACUUCACAGGGAAUGUGGCUUCAUACGAAUCAAACCUGGCACAAACCAUGUGGCAUUCAUAAAUGCACAAAAUACAGGUUUGGUUGACAUCGAAGAGGGGAAGCUUACAGAUAAGCAACUGAACCUGCAGAGCUGUGCUGUGUCCAGGACUUCCUUUGCCAAAGAACCCCAUGUCCAGCAGAUUUCUAGAGUGUUUCAUCUCCGGCCAGAUGGGAAGUUGGAACAGACAGUUUCUAUGGCGACAAACAACCAGCCAUUGGCGCAGCACUUGCACAUCACUUACCAGCGUACAUCCUCCUGAGCUAACAGUCUGGCAGAUAUUGACCUCAUAUAACUUAUGACCAUAGGCAGAUUUUGUUUUUUUUACAAUCACACUGGUGGAGGCACUGAUUAGUUUCAGAAUAUUUGCACUGUUAUCCUAUACGCCUGAAUUUUUCUUAAGCUGAAGUCCAUGGCAGCUGGUGUAUUGUUUAUGUGAAGGCGUAAAUAAAUAUUAAGCAAAAAAGCUGCA